AUGCGUCCCCGCUCGAACAGCCCCCAGCGACCCUUCCGUGGAUGCGGUGGCGCGAACAUUCGUGGCACGUCCUUUGUUGACCGUUUUGUUUUGGAGUGCCAUCCGGUUCCUGAUGGUAGAGGGGAGGGGACAGGUGAGCGCAGUCCUUCGCAGGUGCGCGGCAUUCGUGCACGUGUUCUGUUUGUGAGUGCGCCGGCGCUUUCUCCGCAAUCUUCACGGAUAUCAAAUUUCGCCUUGGACCUUAGCGUGCUAGUUUUUUUAAAGGGUUGCCACACGAAAUAA